UGCCUCUUCAUUUCUCUUACUUACUCUGCAACUUCACAUUGCCAUUUGCUAAUAUAUAAUUCUCUGUUUCAAUAUUUCUUUAGCAAUUUAAUUCUUCUUCUUCCUUAAAGUUUUUUCUUUUCUUGGUUCUCUUUGUUUUCAAAGAUUUCUAGUCUUUCCAAGAUUCAAGAAACAUGGAUGUUUUUCACUUCUUGUUUGGUAUUUUUGGAAAUGCUACUGCUCUCUUCCUCUUUCUUGCUCCAACGAUUACAUUCAAGAGAAUCAUAAGGAGUAAAUCAACAGAGCAGUUCUCAGGUAUUCCGUACGUGAUGACCUUGCUCAACUGUCUCCUCUCUGCCUGGUAUGGACUACCAUUUGUGUCAAAGAACAAUCUGUUAGUGUCAACAAUAAAUGGAACAGGAGCAGUAAUAGAAACAAUUUAUGUGUUAGUGUUCAUAAUCUAUGCAACAAAGAAGGAGAAAGCCAAAAUUACAGGCUUAUUCCUACUUGUUCUUGCAAUUUUUGCUACUGUGGCUCUUGUUUCCGUGUUUGCUCUCCAUGGCAACACAAGAAAGCUUUUUUGUGGGUUUGCUGCCACCAUUUUCUCCAUCAUUAUGUAUGCUUCACCUCUCUCCAUCAUUAGGCUGGUGAUUAAGACAAAAAGUGUGGAGUUUAUGCCAUUUUUCUUGUCACUAUUUGUUUUCCUCUGUGGUACUUCUUGGUUCAUCUAUGGUCUUCUCGGCCGUGACCCCUUUAUUGCUGUACCAAAUGGGUUUGGGUGUGGACUAGGGACAUUACAGUUGAUCUUAUACUUCAUUUACCGGAAGAGCAAGAAACCCACAUCGCAAAAUAUGGAACUGGGUUCAGCAGAAAAGCCACAUAAAGAGAAGCAAUUGGUGGCAAAUGGGUCGGUAGAUGAACAAGUUUAGACCCGAAUACAAACUUGUAUUGAACCGAAAUGGGUUAUAAAACAAAACUUUGUUACUGCAAAGUUGAAUUGGGCUUCCAAGUGUUUGUUUCCAAGUUUUAUUGUUCUAUGUUGUUUCGAUUUGCUACCAAAUGAUAAAAUGCAAAUUUUAGGUAAUGGACUAAAGUGUAUAAAACCAAAAAGUAUUGGUAGGAUUUUUCGUUUUGUGAUGAGAAUAUUUUUUUACUUA